GUCCGGAACUAAACAUUGUGAGAGUUGGAUAAGAGUGUUCAAUUCCUUCUUAUUCCUGCUUAUAUAUGGACUACUUUUCCACUGCCAACCCUAGCUCCUCUGAGUUUUCUUCAGUGGCAAACAGCAGCAAGGAGAAGAAGAUCAAAGGUGGGAAGAGAAGCAAGGGAGUUAAGCUCUCGACUGACCCUCAAAGCGUGGCUGCUAGAGAGAGAAGGCACCGGAUCAGUGACCGGUUCAAGAUCCUACAGAGCUUAGUUCCUGGUGGGAGUAAGAUGGACACAGUGUCGAUGUUGGAAGAAGCCAUUCACUACGUGAAGUUCCUAAAGACACAGAUUUGGCUUCACCAAACCAUGAUCAACUUUGUGGACGAGGACCCAUCUUGCUUCCUUGCACCUUCUUUUCCUUCUCAUGAUCAGCAGAACUUUUAUGCAGAAAACAGUUUAGUAGACCAAGUUCAGCCGUCAUCACCACCGUUACCAUUGCCGAAUUCUUACUUCCAGACUGAGGAAACCGUUUCUUUGGACCCUUACGUGAAAUACUAGAUUUGGUCUGGUUUCUCUCUGUCUGUGUCCCUGUCUUUCUUGUCUC